AUGAGUUUUCCUUCACCUCCAGCAGUCGCGCUGUUAUAUCGCAGCUGGGCGCGUCAGUCAGUCUGCAGGAAACAUGGACUACUUCGCUAUAUGAGCCGUAGCUUGGAGACACAUACAAAAGAGCCACUGCACAAGAACAGCACGGGACAAGCUCCACUGGGUGUGACUUUCGAGUCCCUUGGAGUGGGGACACCGAUUGCAGCGGCCCUCCGUGUUGCAUUCCCCGAUGUUCAGCAACCCACGACAAUGCAGCGCAAGAUGAUACCUGCUGUGGUGGGUAAGCAAGAUAUUCUCUUGCAGGACUUCACGGGUACUGGAAAGUCAUUUGGAUUGCUACUUGGACUCCUGAGCAAACCAAGGAUAUCUAGAUACGAAACGGAAAAAGGAAAGGCUCAAGCAACAAAAGGAAUUACAACUCUCCUGAUCGUUCCCCACCGUGACCUUGCAUACCAAUUUUUGCACUGGCUACACCACAUGCUGACGUCUGCGGGUGAACCUGGUCCAUAUUCGCUCGCUUCGAUUGCACAGGUGCUAGUCCGCGGCUCACCACCCAAAAACCUCACAAGCUCAUCUCCUCGGAUCCUGGAAGCGAUUGUGAACCCAUCGUCACCUGGAAUAUCCGUGCUCCGGGAUUAUCCUCCGCAUAUACUCAUUGCCACACCAACUGCGCUUAUGGACGUGCUUCGCAAGGAGCCAGAAGUGCUCCAGUUAUCCACGUUAUCGACUGUCGUCGUCGAUGAGGUGGACUGGCUUCUGCAAAUGGUGCCCCAGAAAAGCAAGUAUACCACGGAAAAAGCAGCGCGGCUAAGUCAGAAGCAUCCUGAAGUUCUGAAGACUUUGCUGGAUGUCCUUUAUACAAGCACUAAAACGAACGCCUCACACUUUUUGCGGAAGCGUCUUCUAGAGAUGAAGUUGGCCCCAAUUGAUCGGCCGCAACUAAUCAUGCUCAGUGCAACAAUGCGAAAUAGGUUGAGGACGGCUUUCUUUGGUGCUUACGGGUGGUUUAGAAGGGGAAAAGUGCUCAAGCUUAUCAAAGCUUCGUCGGCCUCACGUCCAGCUCACGGUCUUAAUCGCACGAUCACACAUCAUGUUCUUGUCAUGUCGCAGGAUGGCUGUGUGAAAAAUAUAGCUGGUGCUCGCAAAGCUCGAGCUCCCACGCCCUUGGACUCUUCCGAGUAUGUGAGUUCUGCUGAGGAACAGGACAAAGAAGAAGAGUUGAUUUUUGAUGAAGAUGAUGAAGCACUGCUCGAUGAUGAAACUGACAUAGAUAUGCUACAAGCUCCUCCUGUUUUUACUCCAGGGAUGCUUGAAGCCGUCGCAUCCGCAUUCGCUCUUGACGUACCAAAUAUCGCGCUUCUCGUCUUACCUGCAACUACAUCCGUUCGACGAGUUAUUUUUGAGCUGAAUCAACUGGGAGUGAAUGCCCACAGUCUUGAUCUCGUGGACAAUGAAGCCGGUCGAGCACACCUUCUGUCUAAGGACAGGGAUAUUCCCGAUGAGAAUCCCACAUUACUUGUAUCGACGCUCGCAACGACCCGAGGGAUCGAUUUUCCUGCGCUAACCCACGUUUUUCUCCUGGGACUUCCGCAAGAACGCGCGGGAGACGUUUACCAGCAUGUCGCAGGAAGAGUUGGCCGAUUUGGCCGCCGAGGGAAAGUAAUCACUAUUGUGGAAGGACGCCGGGAGAGUGAGGGGAAGAAAGGUAAAGUUUGUGUCAGGGAUGAUUCGAAGAAGAUGGAUAUUAUGCUGAAGAAGCUUGGUAUUAGUGCAACCAAGCUGGAGCAUUUUGACUGACAGAAGCAGCAGGCAGAAAUAUUUUGCAUUUGUCCCAUCGUGACCGUGCCCGUCGGUAGAUUAUAUAUCCCUAGGGAAACCCAACCGUGGUAUUCGGGGAGUAAUGGUGAACAUGAGUUUUGAUGUGGCGCC